AGUUGUACAUUCUUAUUGACGCAUUUCAUAGGAUCUCACGACAUGUUACCGCCUGGGUCAAGGUUUAGCUAGGGCUAAAGCGUGUCGCGAUCACAGGGCCGGCUAAAGCUUGCGCUGGCGCUGGCGUGGGCGGGCGGUUUGUUUACGGCGUGGGGCGGGCGGGCGGUGGCCGGCGCGCACUCCGCGAGGCAGUCCGCGCUGCGCCGCCGCGCUCGCGUACCGCACCCUAUAUUCAGUUCACGGCCGCUCUAUUAGCAGACGGCUAUUUCGGCGCAUAAUAUUCGGACCGGUGCUGAGUAGUAUUCAGUUUCUCGCGGGCAGGUGUGCGGGCCGAGGCUGACGAUGCGGCGCGCACGUCCCCCCGCCUGACGCCCCGCGCUGCGGCCAUGGAGUGCCGCCGACGACCUGCUGCCGCGGAACCCAUGACGAAGGUGGUGCGCCGGCGGGAGAAGCCGCGAGAGCGAUGGCUGCUCACGCGCAAGACCUGGAAGUACAUGUCCGACGCCGGCCGCCGGCUCAUACCGGACGGUGCGCAAAAUCGGCCGGAAGACGUCCCACGUAUAGAGGCGUACUUCCAGGAAGUGUGCCAGAGAGAGAACCGCUUCCUGCUCUGGAGGAAGAGUUCCUAUCCUGGUGCCAUCCCGCGACCAAGACGAAAGAAAAGACCCAGGGGCGGUUCCGUUCGCGCCCGGUCGCCUUCGGAUGAUGCUCCGCAGGUGCCGACAAGACCCACGGAUCUUUACAUUGGGCACACGUCUGGAGGAAGAUUUGACAUCGCCAAACUUCGGCGAGAUUUUUUUGCAGCUCCACCACCUUCGUCUUCAUCAGGAUUCGGGUCGAGACUUGCAGGAGCUACUCCAAUUGUGCCACCUCUGCCUGAGGAGGAUGAUGAGAGCGCGUUAGUUGAUUUAUUGCGAAAGUACCUGAAAGUAGAAGAUGAUAGAGGCCCCUCGCGACUCGGAGAUAACGAGGAACUAGUACGCUCAUUGAGGAAGUUUCUCAAGAAGCAGGCGGAUCGCACUUUAACGGAUUCCGACGCUGCUGAUUCUACUCAGAGAACUCUACUGGAGAAUCUGGGAAGAUAUUACUGUCGCUCCCCGAACAGGGACACCAUUGUGCAGGAUUUACUUACUGAUAGGAAUUUAUUAAAAAGACUGUAUCAUGACUUGCGUAAGACUAAGCCAUAUAGAGGCGGUCGUAGCGGCGGUAGCAGUGGAGGCUCAGGUGGUGGUUAUGGACCUAGUGGUUUUGCGAGCGGCUCGGGCCGCAUUGCUUUGCGAGGCAGAAGUGUUCUUGGUGCGCGUGUGGACGAUGGAGAGGACUCUUUACUAUCUCCACCGAUGUCUCCGCCACCGCUUAUUGAAGUAUUCAGCGAAUCUAUGGAAGACAAGUAUGUGGACGCUGGAACACAAACCGUUCCGAUCCCGGAAGAAGUCUUGUUGGAAAUGGAGAGAGCUUACCGUGAUAAGAUGGAGGCUGCAACAGCUCCUACUAGUCCAACGAGUCCGCCGUCUGAGAGGAAACCAACACGGCGACGCUCGAGCGUUGACCACGACGACGUCUCGCAAUCAGUCAGCGACACCAUCAAACGCUAUCUGAGGAUGGCUCGGAAAAAGAGCGUGGACGCUGAGAAUUCGGAUCGUUUCAAGCGAAUCAAUUACGACAAAAAUUUGCGGAAUAUAAAGCCUCGCGCCCCACAAGAAGUGGACGAUGACGGACCUCAUAAAGGCUGUCAAACGGAAGAGGGCUGGAUUUUGACGUAUAGGGAGUUGCGAUUUGCUUCUGUCGCGUCGACUCCAACAUCGCCUCCGUCCCCGACGUCCCCUACUCAGUCGCAUUCGUUCCUCUCGACAUUGUUAGGCAAAAGUGCACCUACGAUGGCUCCUCCCCCAGGUGGCAUGCAGAAGUCGCGGUCUUCGAGCAGCGUGGUACAGAGCGUGAGCAAGAGACUGUGGAGGACACGAAGUCGGAGCUCCAGCCGCGUCUCGACUUCAUGGACGCCUCAGGGCAGCUGUUGCUGGGUAGACGGCAGCGGGCGCUGCGUCAGACUGACGGACAGCUCGUUGCUAACGCUCAGCGAGGUAGAGCGCCGUGCUCUGCAGCAGGCCGCGCUAGCCAGGUUGCAGCAGCUCAAUCUCGGCACCACUAUCAAGAUUCCAGAAGAGAACGCGGCGGCGGUGACGACGAAGCCGAAGCGACGCGCAUACCUUCUCAAGCGCAAAGCGCUCACCACCGGCUUCUUCGACCAGCGCAGCGGGAAAGACGGCGACAAGGACAAAGAGUCCACGGGCAGCGGGAGUACCUUCGGAGUAGCGUUGGCGCAAUGCGUAGAGACAGAGCGUGCGUUACGGAGACAGCAACAUGGCGGAUCCCGAGCCUCGCUUGCCUCUUUCGGAGCUACCGAGAAGGGGGAUGAUAGUGAAUCCUGUGAUUCUGGCGAAUGGGGUUGGGCGGGAUUGGAGGAAGCCGGUGGGGGAGGGCCCAAGGUCCCUGCGCUGGUCUCCGCCUGUCUUGCGCACCUGCGCCGGCACGGCCUCCACACGCUCGGAUUGUUCCGAGUAUCAGCCUCAAAGAAGAGGGUUAGGCAGUUAAGAGAAGAUUGGGAGCGAGGACAGGAGGCGGCGUUAGACACGGCAGAGUCGCCUCACGACGUCGCAACGUUGUUAAAGGAGUUUUUGAGAGACCUGCCUGAUCCAUUGCUCUGCAGGGACCUGUACCAGGCUUUCUUGCAGACGCAAAAAAUACGCAAUCGGCGGUUACAAUGGGAAGCGUUAAAACUAAUAGUUCAACUCCUGCCAUCCGCCCAUAGAGACACGCUGAACGCACUGCUCUCGUUCCUUGCGGAGUUAGCAGCUAAUGCGGAAGACGAUUCCGAGCCAGGCAACAAAAUGGACGCUGCGAACCUUGCGACGGUGUUUGCACCUAAUAUUUUGCAUAGAAAUAAGCCUAAUGAAGCUGCCAGUGCAGAGCAGCUAUCGGAGCGAGCAGACGUGAUCAACGUAGUCCGGAUGCUAGUCGAACGGCAAGGCGAGCUGUGGACGCUGCCGGCGGAGUUACUGCACGAGGCGUACAUCCACCUUGCGCACACGCAGCCCGCACACCUCGACACACUGUUGCCCAGGCGAGCUGAGUGCGCAGCGACUGAGGCAGCGAACGCGGGCGGAGAGGCGGGCCGGCGCGUGUGGGCGCGGGAGCAGUUCCUGCACGGAGCCACCGCCACUGGGCCCACAGCGCUCUCGCACAGCAGUAGUGCUGAGAAGACGUACUCUAGAACCAGACGGACGAGGGAAACUGCCUCGGACACCUCCUCGGGAUCGCUCUCCUCCGCUAUGACCAUUGUCACUAGCCGAGUGCGAAGCAGUGAGGAGUGCGGCAGCAGCGGCGUGGUGUGCACCCCGCCUACACCAGCCUCGGUCGCCCGCACGGACUCCGCGCCGGACUCUAACGACUCCGCCAGCGAUUACAACGAGACCUUGGGCGGCUCAGAUGACGACAGCAGUCACGUCAUCACAGCAUCCCUUCACAUCCCAGCUGCGUUCUCACAACAGUCCCCACGAGGUCGGCCUUCCGCCCCCCCUCGCCGCCGUUCCACAUCAGGUUCCGAGUCUUCAGCGAAGAGAGACUCCGCCGUUGGUUCAUCGUCCCCUGCAUCCGCGUCCAACGCUUCCUCACCCCCAGCGUCGCCACCACCAGCGCCCUUACGGGUGACCUUGACGUCGGCCGGAGAGAUCAGAAGAACGCCAGGACCGCCUGACAUUGAUCGGUUGAUUUCGCUUGGAAGCAGAGAACGCAACACAUCCGAUGCUAGAGCAGUGGUCCUGCGGCAACAUGACGAGAACACAAUCAGAAAUACCCGAAUGUCAUCACGGCAGGAGCAGAUGCGGAGAGAAGAUAGGAGAGACGAAAGGAGAGAGAAAGAAGGCACCACGCUGUACAAGAGAGAAGAAUUGAUCUCCAGCGCGCGGUCGCCCACUACAUGACAGAUUAUAUACGUGUUUUUAUACAUAAA